AACGGAGUCUCUUUCCUUAUGCAACUUCCUCGGGCGCUGUGAACGCGGCCCUGCCCCCUCCCUGCAUACCUCGGCCCGCUCCCUUCCCACCCCGGGGCCACCAGAAAAAUGCAUUCGAGCUCAUUCAAAGUGCACGGGAACAAAAAUAGAUUUUUAAUUGUUCUAAGUUAAGUUAAGGGAAACUGAGAUGAGAAAUAAGAAUUUGGGUGGGGGGGGGAGCGGCUGGGGCGAGUGCGUCGAAUUUUAAUUUUGAUUUUCCUAGAGCGGUGCUGGUGGUAUCUUUAUUGGUUUGGGGAGCCCGAGAGUCUCUGUACUGGCUACCUCGGUCGCGUGGAUUUUUGCGCAAGUUUUUAGAAAAACACUGACUCGAGUAGAGCAUUUCUCCGGAAAGUUUCAAGUGCAGCAAAAUAGCGAACGUGCAAAACUGGCCAAGGGGAGACCUCUAGUGGUUAAACGCAUCUUUAAGUUCGGAAGGCCGAGAGCAAAGUUUGGCCUUUACUUGUAGCUACGUAGUCGCUUCAGACGUGGAAGUAAUUAGACGACCUGUGCCGGCAGCGAGAUAUGGUGUGAAAGGAUGCUGAUCAGAAAUACAAGUGCUAGACCUUUGGGAGAAGUCUUGAGGGUAGACGGCAAUCCUAAAGACCACCACACAGUUCCUUCUUCACCGCUCCUAGGUUAAAAACUAAAUCAUGACUGACUCUGCCUCUAGCACAAGUGGUCAAGAGUUUGAUGUCUUCAGUGUUAUGGACUGGAAAGAUGGAGUAGGCACCUUACCGGGAAGUGACUUAAAGUUUCGGGUAAAUGAGUUUGGAGCCCUGGAAGUUAUUACAGAUGAGAGCGAAAUGGAAAAUGUUAAAAAAGCAACAGCUACCACAACCUGGAUGGUACCAACCGCUCAAGAAGCCCCGACCUGUCCCCUGAGCUCCAGGCCCGUAUUUCCACCUGCCUACUGGACAUCUCCACCUGGAUGUCCCACAGUCUUUUCAGAGAAGACUGGGAUGCCUUUCAGGUUGAAGGAUCCAGUGAAAGUAGACGGGCUUCAAUUCUGUGAGAACUGUUGUCAGUAUGGCAACGUAGAUGAGUGUCUUUCUGGAGGAAACUAUUGCAGCCAGAAUUGCGCUCGGCAUAUCAAAGACAAAGAUCAGAAGGAGGAAAGAGACAUGGGAGAAGACAAUGAGGAAGAAGAUCCUAAGUGUAGUAGGAAGAAAAAACCAAAAUUAUCUCUGAAAGCCGACUCCAAGGAGGAUGGAGAAGAGCGGGAUGAUGAAAUGGAGAACAAACAAGAUGGAAGAAUCCUGAGGGGCUCACAGAGGGCCCGAAGGAAAAGACGGGCUGAUUCAGCUGUGUUGAAGCAGGGUUUGCCUCCUAAAGGAAAGAAAACUUGGUGCUGGGCAUCCUACCUGGAAGAGGAAAAAGCUGUGGCAGUGCCAGCGAAACUGUUCAAGGAGUAUCAAUCCUUCCCAUAUAACAAAAAUGGGUUUAAAGUUGGCAUGAAAUUAGAAGGCGUGGACCCCGAGCAUCAGUCCGUGUACUGCGUCCUCACUGUGGCUGAGGUUUGUGGAUACCGGAUAAAACUGCACUUUGAUGGGUAUUCUGAUUGCUAUGACUUCUGGGUAAAUGCAGAUGCUCUGGAUAUUCACCCCGUUGGGUGGUGUGAGAAGACUGGCCAUAAACUCCAUCCUCCGAAAGGUUAUAAAGAAGAAGAAUUUAAUUGGCAGACCUAUCUUAAGACAUGCAAAGCUCAAGCUGCUCCCAAGUCAUUAUUUGAAAAUCAGAAUAUAACAGUGAUCCCAUCAGGCUUUCGAGUUGGAAUGAAGCUUGAAGCCGUAGACAAAAAGAAUCCUGGGUUCAUCUGUGUUGCUACGGUAACAGAUAUGGUGGACAAUCGUUUCCUCGUGCACUUCGACAACUGGGAUGAGAGCUAUGACUAUUGGUGCGAAGCCUCUAGUCCACACAUCCAUCCAGUUGGUUGGUGUAAAGAACAUCGAAGAACCCUUAUCACUCCUCCAGGUUAUCCAAAUGUGAAACAUUUUUCUUGGGAUAAAUACUUGGAAGAAACCAGUUCUUUACCUGCUCCUGCGAGAGCUUUCAAAGUGAAACCUCCACAUGGAUUCCAGAAAAAAAUGAAGCUUGAGGUCAUAGACAAAAGAAAUCCCAUGUUUGUUAGAGUAACGACAGUUGCAGACACGGAUGACCACCGAAUAAAAGUUCACUUUGAUGGCUGGAAUAGUUGCUAUGAUUACUGGAUAGAUGCAGAUUCUCCUGAUAUUCACCCCGUGGGCUGGUGUUCAAAGACCGGGCAUCCUCUUCAGCCUCCUUUGAGCCAAUUAGAAUUAAUGGAAGCUUCGGAACACGGUGGAUGCUCGACCCCAGGAUGUAAAGGGAUUGGCCAUUUUAAGCGAGCGAGACACCUGGGCCCUCACAGUGCUGCCAACUGUCCAUAUUCAGAAAUCAAUUUGAAUAAAGACCGAAUUUUUCCAGACCGCCUAAGUGGUGAGAUGCCUCCGGUGAAUCCAUCGUUUCCGAGAAAUAAAAGGACAGACACAAAUGAAAUCUCUUCAUCUCCUGAAAUCAGAGACCAGCAUGCUGAUGAUGUCAAAGACGACUUUGAAGAGAGAACAGAAAGUGAAAUGAGGACAUCACAUGAAGCCAGAGGUGCCCGGGAAGAGCCCAGCGUGCAGCAGGCCCAGCGUCGGUCUGCUGUCUUUCUGUCCUUUAAGUCUCCAAUUCCAUGUCUGCCCUUGCGCUGGGAGCAGCAGAGCAAGCUUCUCCCAACGGUUGCCGGCAUUCCUGCCAGUAAAGUUUCCAAAUGGAGCACAGACGAGGUGUCAGAAUUCAUACAGAGCUUACCUGGGUGUGAAGAACAUGGAAAGGUAUUUAAAGAUGAACAAAUCGAUGGAGAAGCAUUUCUGCUUAUGACCCAAACAGACAUUGUUAAAAUAAUGAGCAUUAAGCUGGGCCCUGCUCUCAAAAUUUUCAAUUCCAUCCUGAUGUUCAAAGCAGCAGAGAAGAACUCUCACAAUGAACUUUGAAGAUGGUGAAUUUUGAAUACCAUCAGCUUUCUGCUUUAAAGCUCAUGUUUUAUUCAAAGCACAAGGACAGUUAUAACUCCUAAGUGAGAAGUCUCCAAAACUGAAAAGAGCGAUGCUAUCAGAUUAUUUAUAUUCCCCAAGAGACAAUGUAUAUGAAUUCCUAUGAAAGUGCUCGAGCUUUUAACCAGGUACUGUCGAACAACAGUCAUCUUUUGGUUCUGUUCACUGAGCUAAAUUUAUCUUUGUAAAUCUUUUUGAGGCUGGGGGUGGGGGGCAAGGGGACUUCAUUAAUUAUUUAUGGAUAAAGGGAGGGCAGAGUAAGAACUUUUGGCAUUUUGUAAACAUUGUUGAAUUCUCUUUCAUGUACACUGUUUCUUUUUCACUACUUUCAGGAAUCUUUUUAUAUAAUCAAAUUUCAACUUAAACCAAAUUAGUCAAAACCUGGCUAAGUGUAGCCGGUGGGACUGUUAUGUGUAUUAAUUCUGUGCCAUAUUUUGAAUUGCAACAUUAUGCUAAGUAUAACUUUGCAAGUCAUGAUAUUGCCUAACUGCUUGUCAUAAUUUGUUGGGGCUGAAUAGUUGUAAAAAUUACUUUUCUUUAAAUCAGUGUUUUUACUUUUGCACGUAUUAUGAAAUGUUAAACAGAUUACUUUUCACCAGCAUCUUUACGAUAAUUACCAAAAACAUGUAUAUAAAUGAUGGAAUUGAAAAAUAAAAUAUAUAAACAUAAAUAAAUUAGGUGAUGUAUUUGAAUGGCAUCAGUCUCGUACAUUGAGGUGCCCUGUGUGUUUACAAGCGUCCAGUAGGAUCAGGGGAAUAUGCAGUUACAUUUGGGGUGGGGAAGUGGCGUGUUUGUAAGGAUCUUGAACUGUUUAUGAGAUUAUCUUCAGCUUCUCUCUCAUGGUCAUCAAGGUACCUGGUGCUCUUCAGAAAUGGAUGAAGGGCUUGUUCUGUCAAUAGAAACACUAAUCUGCACAGAGCUGUGUCUCAGAUCUUGCAGUGUCUUCCAAACCCAAGGAUUUUCAACCCAAAGAUUUUCUUCGGGGUUGACUGAAGAGGGAGUAUAGAGAUUUUACUGAAAGGGCAGGGUGUGAGGGACAACACCAGUCAACACAAAGCUUCUAAAUGCUCGCAGAUCAGGGAGGCGAUUUCCCAAGGCAAUUAUUCAAAACCUCUGUUUUGGAAGCUUCCUCUCUCCGAGCAGUUUGCCUCAGUGUAUAAGCAUACUGAUGCCUUCUAAAGGAAAGCCCUUGAUGACCUAUAAGCUGGUAGCGGUGGUGUUUCUUUUGCAAGAAUGCAUUUCCAGUGCAGGAGGUAAAUUGUUUUAUCAGCCCUUGGAUGUAAUUUCUAAUUCCAGGGUCGGACAUUUCUUCAGGACUAUUUUAAAAGUAGAAAGUAAGUUUGCAGCAUGCUGUCUGAAUUCUGGGGAAAGUUCCACCUCUCUCCUUAGUUGCUCUCGUUUUUCCUGAUGUAGGACUUGAUGUCCCUCUGAAGUCCCCUGAGCAGGUCUUUACAUUUGUCAGAAUUACAAGUAAAACAGGGUGUGCAACAUCUGCAGUGUCCCAUUCAUUUCUUUGCAUGACUCUGCUUAAAUAAGUUUUUCGCUGCUGGAUUUUUUCCUUUUUUUAUGUUUUGUUCAGAAUUUGUACAUUCAGGUUGCACU